AUGGCACUUUCGUUUUACGCUCUUCUAGAGGCUGCGCUCCUCGUUCUCAACGGAAUCGCAAUCCUUCAUCGCGAAAGAUUUUUGAAAAAAUACGGACUCGGUGCACCAUCUCACUCAUUUGACGGAUCGAAUUCAGUCAAGGAUCAAGUCGUUUCUCUAAUUUUUGCCGUUCAAACGGUGAUGCGAAUGCCCCUCAUUGCCAUCAACAUUGUGGUUAUCGUCUUCAAGCUGAUUCUUGGUUAA